UGUGGGAAUACUCCCUUUUGCUGACGUCAGAUUCAGCUUCAGCAAACUGCUUAGCCGGAAGGAAAGAUGGCGGAUCACGAGGAGCAGUUAUCUGAUGAGGAGAAGGUGCGCAUAGCGGCCAACUUCAUCAUCCACGCGCCUCCAGGGGAGUUCAACGAGGUUUUUAAUGAUGUACGGUUGCUGCUGAACAACGACAGCCUUCUGAGGGAGGGAGCAGCUCAUGCGUUUGCACAAUACAAUUUGGACCAGUUUACUCCAGUAAAAAUCGAUGGGUACGAAGAACAGGUCUUAAUCACGGAACAUGGCGAUUUGGGGAGCGGCAGGGUUCUGGACCCCAAGAAUAAGAUCAGCUUCAAGUUCGACCACCUGCGGAAGGAGGCGAGCGACCCUCGACCCCACGAUGCGGACGGCAGCCUGGAGGGCUGGAGGAGCACGGUGGACGCGGCUGUGCGGGCCUACGUGAAGGAGCACUACCCCAGCGGCGUCUGCACUGUUUAUGGUAAAACUAUUGAUGGGCAACAAACCAUUAUCGUCUGCAUCGAGUGUCAUCAAUUUCAGCCAAAAAACUUCUGGAAUGGACGCUGGAGGUCGGAGUGGAAGUUCGCCGUUAACCAGUCCUCUACCCAAGUGGCAGGAAUCAUGAAGAUCCAGGUUCACUACUAUGAAGAUGGCAAUGUUCAGCUGGUGAGCCAUAAGGAAGUACAAGAGCCCAUGAGCGUUUCUAAUGAAGCGACAACUGCAAAGGAAUUCAUCAAGAUCAUGGAGGCGGCAGAGAACGACUACCAGACCGCCAUUAAUGAGAAUUACCAGACCAUGUCGGACACCACAUUCAAAGCCUUACGCCGACAGCUUCCUGUGACCCGCACCAAGAUAGACUGGAACAAGAUCCUCAGCUACAAGAUUGGGAAGGAGAUGCAGAACGCUUAAAACCCCCACUGUGCAUGUGACUGGAAUCGCUGUACUGUCCUUGUAUAAAUUACGUAAAUAAAAGGGGUUCAGUUUCACCAAAUUGAAGCCCAUCGGAUGCACACAAAAUGCCUGCUUUUAUUUUAACAUUUCAAAAAGAUGCCAUUAAAACCUCAUUGUAACAUUGUUCCUGGGUAUAUACAUUGGUAGUGCAACUUAUGGGGGGGGGUUGGGGGUUGUCCAAAUGUUUCUAGGUGCAAGCUUGUCCCCCCCCCCCCCCCACAUGUUUUCAGGCUUCUGGUAUUUAUUGUGGAAUUGAGACCGAAAAAUGUCUAGGAUUAACAACUUGGAACAUGGAAGGUAUCUGUAAUUUAAGUUUUCUGUCCAAGCAGUCCUUGUUUGUCACCAGAUGUACUUGCUCAGUAUGUUCUAAUUCAGUCUGUUCCCUAUGAGCAAAGCUCCAUGCAAACAUGGCAUGAUCACAUACAACGGCUUUGGGAAAGCAGUUCAGUUGUGAAAGGCUGAACAAAACACCCUUAAUUGCACUGAUGCUUACUGAUGCAACAGUUAAACACUUACAAUAUUUGUAUUUCAUGCCCCCAGGUUCUUAUUUUUAGUAAAAUCAGACAUGACUGUAUUAUAACAAGAUGCAUUGUAAUAUAUACCUGUAUUAAAAUCUUGUCUGUCGGUUUCGUGAUUUAUUUCCUCUUGGAAUGAACUGUAACAACCUUAAUUAUGUUGCAUUAAAAUUACAGAUUUUCUAUUUAAA